AUGCGCACGCCAGAUCCCUUUGGGGACGAGCAUCAGAAUCAGUCUCAAAUGCAUCCUUAUGACGCUCGUACUCCGUCGCCAGGCCGUCCCCUAGACGCGUAUCAGUUACAUGAUAACCCAUAUGGACCCCAAGGGCAUUUACCCAUGCCCUCUAGCGAUCAGCUCGCCGAACAACCAACCUACUCUGUGGAAAAUGUUCACAAUUCCUACGGCCAUCAUGAAGCUUACGAGAGCCACGAACACGAGCAACCCUAUGGUUACAAUGACUAUGCUGUCGACCCGGAAGCCCACCACGAUGCCUACUACACACAACCCUACCAGCCGACACAUACCCCCCAUGAUGAUUACGAUUUGGGCCAAUACCCUGAGGGCGGCCAGACUCCCUUCGACGAUAACGACCCCUUAGUACCCGCAGAGAAUCCAUUUGGACCGGAUCAUUAUGACACAGAGCUCCAGGAUGAGCUUCGCCCGACUCCUAGUCCCGCUCCCAUUCGUCGUUGGAAGACUGUGAAGGAAGUACAAUUGUUCAACGGCAACCUCGUUCUGGAUUGUCCCAUUGCGCCAAAAUUGCUGAGCCAAAUCCCUCACGCCGAGGCGCCAGGCCGUGACGAGUUCACCCACAUGCGGUACUCGGCAGCUACUUGUGACCCGGCGGAUUUCUUUGAAGAGCGAUUCACCCUUCGUCAGAAGCUUUUCGCAAAACCGCGUCACACGGAGCUUUUCAUUGUGGUGACUAUGUACAAUGAGGACGACUUUCUCUUUGCGCGCACAAUGUCCGGUGUCUUUAAGAACAUCGACCACAUGUGCUCGCGAACAAGCAGCAAAACAUGGGGUAAGGAUGCAUGGAAGAAGAUUGUGGUUUGUAUUAUCAGUGAUGGUCGUGCAAAGAUCAACCCGCGUACUCGUGCCGUUCUUGCUGGUUUGGGUGUUUACCAGGAUGGAAUCGCCAAGCAGCAAGUUAACGGCAAGGAUGUGACUGCCCACAUUUACGAAUAUACCACACAAGUUGGUUUGGAGGUCAAAGGCACCCAAGUCCACCUUAAGCCUCGUCAGGGUCCUCCUGUCCAAAUCAUUUUCUGUCUGAAGGAAAAGAACCAGAAGAAGAUCAACUCCCAUCGUUGGUUCUUCCAAGCGUUCGGCCGACUGCUUGAUCCCAACAUCUGUGUCCUUUUGGAUGCUGGUACUAAGCCAGGCAAAGAUUCGAUCUACCAUUUAUGGAAGGCCUUCGAGUUGGAUCCGAUGUGCGGUGGCGCCUGUGGUGAGAUCAAGGUCAUGCUUUCUCACGGCAAAAAGUUGUUAAACCCUCUGGUGGCCGGUCAGAAUUUCGAGUACAAACUCAGCAACAUUCUCGAUAAGCCCCUGGAAUCUGCUUUCGGCUUCAUUACUGUGUUGCCUGGUGCUUUCUCUGCCUACCGGUUCAUCGCCUUACAAAAUGACAAGAAUGGCCAAGGUCCCCUUGAACGAUACUUUGCUGGUGAGAAGAUGCACGGUGCCAAUGCUGGUAUCUUCACAGCCAACAUGUAUCUUGCCGAGGAUCGAAUUUUGUGUUUCGAAAUUGUUUCCAAGCGCAACUGUCGCUGGCUUCUACGUUACGUUAAGAAUUCAACCGGUGAGACUGAUGUGCCUGAUCAGAUGGCCGAGUUCAUUCUGCAACGUCGCCGUUGGUUGAACGGUUCAUUCUUUGCGGCUGUGUACGCCAUUGCACACUUCUACCAGAUUGGUCGUAGUGAUCACAGCUUCAUGCGCAAGUUUGCCCUGUUCAUAGAGUUCAUCUACCAAACAGUGGCGAUGAUAUUUGCUUGGUUCGGUAUCGGUAAUUUCUUCUUGGUUUUCCACAUUUUGACGACAUAUCUGGGCGACGACGAUCUUCUAGGGACUGCUGGUAAAGUCCUGGGUAUUGUCUUCGAAUGGCUUUACCUUGCGACUCUCGUCACAUGUUUCGUUUUGGCUCUUGGUAAUCGGCCCGGUGGUUCCAACAAGUUUUACAUGACAAUGGUCUACUUCUGGAUCUGUAUCAUGAUAUACCUGUCUUUCGCCGCUGUUUUCGUCACGGUCAAGUCGAUUGAAACCGAAGUUGCUGAAAAGAGCUUCACGGUCAGCCAGCUGUUCACCAACAAGACGUUCUUCUCAAUCAUCGUAUCUCUCGGCUCAACCUAUGUCAUGUGGUUUGUCGCAUCUUUCGUCUUCUUGGACCCGUGGCACAUGUUCACAUCGUUCAUACAAUAUAUCUUGUUGACCCCCACCUACAUCAACGUCCUCAACAUUUAUGCCUUCUGUAAUACUCACGAUAUCACUUGGGGCACAAAGGGUGACGACAAGGCCGAGAAAUUGCCCUCCGCAACUCUCAAGCCUGGCGGCAAGGUUGAUGUCAAUAUCCCUCAAGACGACGGUGAUCUGAAUGCUCAGUAUGAAGCCGAAGUGGCAAAAUUCGCCAUGAAGCCACCCAAGGAGGUCCAAGUUGUUUCGGAAGAAGAGCGACAAGCAGAUUACUACAAGGGUUUCCGCAGUGCAGUCGUGCUAGCCUGGGUAUUCUGCAACUUUGCUCUAGGCGCGGUUGUUCUCAGUGCUGCUGGCCUGGAGACAUUCGACACUACUACCACUUCUGAUAGUACCAGCACGGAUGAGACACAGACUGAGCGAUCCUUGAUCUACAUGGAGGUCGUCUUGUGGAGUGUUGCUGGCCUUUCCAUGUUCAAAUUCAUGGGUGCAAUGUGGUAUUUGAUUGUUCGGAUGUUCCGAGGUGUCUGA